CUCCCUCUUCCUGAGUGGCUUUUCUACUUCGGUCGCUCAGUGAGAGGGGAGCUGUGUGAGUUUAACAAGCCUCCGCUCAAUCCUCAGGUCAGGACCUCCUCACUGUGUGAUAGCACCGUGUCACAGUGAAGAUUCACACAAAGUAAGAGGAAACGUCCAGACUUAAACUUGUGUGUGAAACUGGAACAAAAACCAGCACCGUUUCCCACGGACUAAUCUCCCAAAAGAGGGCGGGGGUUGGGUUACGCACACCCUUCCUAAACAGCAUCCUGAGCUUUAACUCCACUUUCAAAACAAGCACGAGCAUUGAGAAGGUGAGUGAAGCCUUACCACCACCAUGCCGAGCAAAAGCCAGUCUUUACGCCCCCGGUUGUGCACGCUGGACAAGGCGGACACCGGGUACGGUUUCCACCUCCACGGAGAGAAAGGUAAGACGGGGCAGUUCAUCCGGUUAGUGGAGCCCGACAGCCCGGCUGAGACUUCGGGGCUUCGCGCCGGAGACAGGCUGGUAUUCGUGAACGGGGACGACGUGGAGAACGAGAGCCACCAGCAGGUCGUGUCCCGGAUACGAGCCACCGCGGGCCGGCUGGAGCUGGUGGUGGUGGACCCGGACACGGAGCAGCUGCUGAAGAAACACAACAUGAAGUGCCUGAAGGAGUAUGUCACUGAUGGGGUGCCCUUACCUUUCGACGAGGAGGAAGAAGUGGAGGAAGAGGUGGUGGUGGUGGUGGUGGUGAAGGCGGAGGUUGACGGGACAGUAAACGGAGAUGAGCGGCAUGCCAAGGAGGGUGAAGAGGAGGAAGAGGAGCGAGAGGGGAAACCCAGGGAGUCCACGCCAGUCCCGGAGAGAAAUGGAGAAAUCCACAUGCACGUCGAGAAAAAGCUGAGCAUCAACUCUGAGAAGGAGGUGUUGAGUCCUGAACUGCGGCCACGUCUCUGUGUGAUCCAGCGAGGGGCGAAUGGAUAUGGCUUCAACUUGCACAGCGAACGGGGGCGGCCGGGCCAGUACAUCCGAGCUGUGGACGAAGACUCUCCAGCAGAGAGGGCGGGCCUGCUGCCUCAAGACAGGAUAGUACAGGUGAACGGUGUGUCGGUAGACGGGAAGACACACUCAGAUGUGGUGGGCCUCAUUAAAGCCGGUGGGAACGUGGCCCGUCUGCUUGUGGUGGAUGCAGACACAGACGCCUUCUUCAAAAAGUGCAGAGUUGCCCCUUCCUCGGACUAUCUCACCGGUCCGCUGCCUGAGCCUGUCGUUAAUGGAGAAAUGGAGGAGAAGGUGAAUGGUAGAGUGGCCAAAGAGGCAGAGAGGGACUCAAAGAUGUCCGUCAGUCCUUCCCCAUCCAACGCCUCCUCAAACGCCUCGCUCACAAUCCCACCCGAGGGUUUUAUUGCGGAAACCAUCCCGGCGUUCAACCUGUCCCUGCAGCAGGUCAAAGAGCUCGCCCACCAGAAACGCACCAACAAAAGAGCCCCCCCCAUGGACUGGACCAAGAAAAAUGAACUCUUCAGCAACCUAUAGGCCGCCUCAGCUCUGCACACACAUAUUUUAUACAGUUAUUCUUACACAGAGAUCAGAAAGACUUUUUUUUUUUUUUUAAAUAUCAUGACAUUAAAUAAGCAGUUCAACUAUUGGCAUCAGACAAAUCAAGUCGUUCUGUAAAAUAUAAUAUUCUUCCUCUUAUUAUUACUCUUUAUGUUAUUAUAACCCAGAUAUAUUAUGUGUAUAAUGUGCUACUAACAAUGAAAGAUGUAUAUGCCAAUGAUUGAGAACUGGACCAUGUUGAAAAUGUGUGUUUGUGUGUGUGUGUGUGGGUGUUAGUGUGUGUGGACCCUGACAGUCCCUGCUGGUCAGAGUCUGGUGCCUGUGGAAGAUUAAUGACCUUCCUCCUUCGUCUGCUUACCUGUCUUUAAAAAGUUUUUACUUACAUUUUAAACAUUAGAAUAAAAGGAAUUAAACCAGCCAGACAAUCAAUUAACCAGAUAUCUCUAGUUGAUUUUCGUUUAUAGGGAUUAACAUCUGAAUUAACAGCAUUUUUGUUUUGUUUUUGUAGAUUACAGUUUACAUAGUAAAGCUCUUUUUAUGUUAUUGUUUUUAGGUAUAUGAUCAACAUUGCUUUUCCUCACAAGUAUCCCCAAAAUGAUUCACUGAUGGCUUUAAACUGGAAAUACCGUUGUGUCAAAAUGGACUCUCUCAUAUUGUAUGUAUGUAUAUAUAAUACAUAUAUUUCAUUUUAACAUGAUUCCACUGUUUUAACUCCUUGCUACUGUCCAGGAUUUCAUCUUAUGACUUCUUGAUAUAAUCUUUUAUUAAAUGUGAACUACAGUUUAUUUUAAAUAACUUAUAUCGUCCUUGUUUUGCCCUUGUGUCCGCUGUGAAUUGCCGCUCUGUUCACAUAUUGAGCAUAUGGGAUAUUUUUCUCGACCGUGUGAGAUAUUCGAUUUUUACACAUUUCUAUCAAUGUCUUAUAAGAAUAAUAAUGAUGUAACUUUGAGAUGAUGUAUUUCUAAGACUGUCCGUCCGUCACUAGAUUUUAUGCACUUGUGCAGUAUUGAGAACAGUGAUGAUUUUUCCAAAUGAAGGAUUUAAUUAUAUGAAGAUGUUUUUUUUUUUGUAGCUUGUGUAAGAAGUAAGCAAAUCUAUACUGUAAUAAAUCAGUCAUCACAAAAAACACGA